GUUUGUCCUUCUUGCAAUGCCAUAGCAGAUAGCUGACGACACCAGUCCUGAAAAGACGGUGCCAGCAUGGCGUUUACUUUAUACUCCCUUAUCCAGGCUGCAAUUCUAUGUGUAAAUGCAAUUGCAGUUUUGCACGAAGAGAGGUUCCUGAGUAAAGUUGGCUGGGGUGCGGACCAAGGCAUCGGAGGGUUUGGUGAUGAACCAGGGAUUAAAUCUCAACUUUUGAAUCUUGUUCGCUCUGUGAGGACAGUUAUGAGAGUGCCCUUGAUAAUAGUUAAUUCGGUGUGUAUUGUCUUGCUGCUACUGUUUGGAUAAAGAGACGGUGGCAGCAGCUCAACAACUCAAUGGAUUGGAUACAGGAAUAAAAACAGAAGACUUUGUAACCGCUGGAGUGAUGGCAUCAUUGUUCUGUGUUCUGCUUCGUGUAUCUAAGGAAAGAUUUACCGAGCCUUAUGUUUUCAUAUUGUUAGAAGUAUUGUUGGACAAAUAAGAUAUUUUCCCACUGGUAGACACACACAUUGUAUGUACAAAAUAAGAUAAAUUGAAGUAAAUGAAGACACAAUCAAAUCUGUAGUGAGAGCUGUAGUAACACAUUCACCGUGGAAACGGUCCUCCCAAACCACUGACCAAUAGCGGGACCACGCUUAGCCAAGUGCUCCUGGAGACUAGCAAGGCUUGGCCUGGAGGGCUUUGAUUUCUGCUUUGCCAAUUAAUAAGAAGCUGUUUUUAAAUUCCUUUUUGAGCAGCACAAGUCCACAAC